AUGGCCGAAGCCAAUUCAUCUCAGAGAUCAGGCAAGCCUCGGCGCAGCACCUCCAGGUCAUCCCAACUGGGUGUACGUAUUUUAGCUUCCGGUGGGACGGCGAGAACAAUUCGUGAGGCGAGUUUUCCUGUCGACGACAUAUCUGCCAUAACGAAAGCGCCGGAGAUCUUGGGGGGCAGAGUAAAGACGCUACAUCCAGGCGUGCACGGAGGCCUGCUCGCGCGAGACAUUGCAUCAGAUGAGCGAGAUCUAGCCGAGCAGAAUAUCCAGAAGAUUGACUUCUGCAUCUGUAAUCUGUAUCCAUUCGAAGAAGCGGCAGCUAAGAACAAUGUUACAAUCGACGAGGCUGUUGAAGAGAUAGACAUCGGAGGCGUCACUCUCCUAAGAGCGGCCGCCAAAAAUCACGCGAGGGUCACCGUCGUGGUAUCACCACAUCAGUAUCACGACUUCCUCUCGGAGCUCGAAAGCAAGGGAGAGAUAUCGCAGACGACUCGCGAGAAAUAUGCAUUGAAGGCUUUCGAGCACACAGCAGCAUACGACAAAGCCAUCUCAGACUUCUUCCGUCGGAAGUAUGCCUGUUCCGGCGAUGGCAUGCAACACCUCUCUCUGCGAUAUGGCACCAACCCACACCAAAAGCCAGCAUCAGCCUUUACCCGUGGCGAGCCGUUACCUUUCAAGGUGCUGAGCGGAGCGGCCGGCUACAUCAAUCUCCUUGACGCACUUAAUGCAUGGGGACUUGUCAAAGAACUCCGCGCUGCGCUUGACGUUCCCGCCGCCGCCUCUUUCAAGCACGUCUCUCCCGCUGGUGCGGCUAUCGGUGUACCCCUACACGAUGCCGAACGCAAGGUGUAUAUGGUGGAUGACAUCGAGGGACUGGAGAAUUCCGCUCUGGCCCAAGCAUACGCACGGGCGAGGGGUGCUGAUCGCAUGUCCUCUUUUGGUGACAUGAUCGCCUUAUCUGACGUCUGCGACGUGCCGACUGCGAAGAUCAUUUCUCGGGAAGUAUCCGACGGCAUUAUCGCCCCCGGAUAUGAUUCAGAGGCGCUUGAGAUCCUCCGCAAGAAGAAGGCGGGCCGCUACCUGGUCAUCCAAAUGGACCCGGAGCAUGAGCCAGCAGCCCUGCAAGAAGUCCGGACAGUCCGUGGCAUUUCGAUGAGCCAGCACAGGAACGAUGCAAGGAUUUCGCCAAAGGACACAUUCAACGCCAUCAUGACCCAGAAGGAGAAGUACAAGGACGGACAGGCGCUGCCGGAGAGCGCGAUGCGCGAUCUGACAGUUGCGACGAUUGCACUGAAAUACACGCAGAGCAAUUCCGUCUGCUAUGCGCUGAAUGGGCAGGUCAUAGGGCUCGGCGCUGGACAGCAAAGUCGUAUACAUUGCACAAGGCUGGCGGGCGACAAGGCGGACAAUUGGUGGAUGCGGUUCCACGAGCGAUCACUCAACCUGAAGUGGAAGAAAGGGACAAAACGGCCAGAGAAGAGCAACGCCAUAGAUCUUCUAUGCAGCGGACUAGUUCCCGAAGAAGGCAUCGAGCGCGAGGACUGGGAAAAGAAUUUUGAAGAGGUUCCGAGAGUUUUCUCACAGGAGGAGAGGAGAGAAUGGUUGAAGCAGCUCAAGGACGUCGCAGUAUCGUCUGAUGCUUUCUUCCCCUUCAUUGACAACGUCUUCCGAGCUGCUCGCUCUGGCGCUACUUAUGUAGCCGCACCUACAGGCAGCCAGAAUGAUCAAGCUGUGUUCGAGACGGCGGAGAAGCUGGGGAUCACUUUCGUCGAGCAGUAUGUCCGACUGUUCCACCACUGA